CCGUUCAACAGAUUAUCGUUUAACGUUAGUGGUUUUGGAGGACAGACGUUUAUAAACGCUACGUCCAAAAAAAGCGUUUCCAAAGGUUAUCAUGAGAUUGAGCUAGCGAUUUCUGCAGUGAUUUCUGCUUUUGGAUUUUUUAAAGAACAAUUGUGGGCACUAGCGAAGCGCUAGCUAACCAUUACUGCUUCUCUACAAGGCUGUUGGGUCAAAUAUGAUCGACGACUUUGAAAACAAGGACGCACGGUCCAGCGGGGAACUGUGGUCCGAAAUCUGCUCUAAGUUGCCCGAGCUCCAGGAAGAGGGCCAAGAUGGGAAAGCGCAAUUUACAGAUUCUUUCCAACCCGGCACACAGAUCAACAAACAAGCGAAUGGAAGUUCUUCAAAUUCUACCUUCAGUCCAUGGGAACGUUUGGCUGAUUCCGAUGUCUACAUAGCCAGUUUAGAAAAUCGUUUGAAAAGAAUCAAGGGCCUGACAAGUGAGGUUACCUCAAGAGAGAUGCUGCGUUCCCUUUCACAAGCGAAAAAGGAAUGCUGGGACAGAUUCCUACACGAUGCUCAGACUUCAGAACUGUUCCAGAAUGGAGGGGAUAUGGAUGAGGGUGCUUUGGAGCACUUUAAGCGCUGGCUGAUCCCUGAGAAGGUGGCCAUCAGUGCAGAGGAGCUGGAGUACUUGCUGCGACCGUCACAGACCGAAGCACAGCCAGGUGGAGACGCUUCUCACAGCGGGGCAGAGGAAGAACAAGAGGAACGUGAGGAAAUGGAUGAGAGUGCCAGUCCAGAGAAAUAGAAGGCCGGUUUUGUCUCUAGCGAAAAUGUAUCAACAGUAACUUCAACGGGUUAAUUUCUGUGUGCGCUAUGGUGGUGUUGAAAGUUGACACUUGCUGGCCACCACCUUGACCAACUUUCACGUGAUAGGAGCUGGAAAAAUCACAGGCACAUUUUGAUGUUGAUAUGUUCGUCUCAUUCUGUCAUGUGUAUCCAUAAACAGUGUUCAUGCUCUUUGUCAGCAAUUAUGUUUAAAAAGAGCAAGGCCAUUAACUGAGCAAAUCAGUUAAUCAAUUCAUAUGAGAAAUUAUGUGCAACCAUGUUAAACGUCAAGGUCUUCAGGAGGUUUGUAUGAUAUAGUAAUGUCUGUUUUUAUAAGCAUUGUAGUAUAUGCAGUAAUACAUCUUUAAUUUAAAUGUAAUGUCAUUCAUGUCAAUGGUUCAUAAAUGCAUUCAACUUGUAAUUGUAAAUCCACUGAGCGUGAAACAGCAUCAUUGAUUGAGUCAGCAUUGAUGUGUGUAUAUAAUCAUUGUCUCAAACAUGUGCUGUUUUAUAUUUGAGUAUUAAAACUACAUAGACGAGUAAAUGUGUUUUAAAAACGUAAUCCAUUGUACAGUUGUGAAUACCAAUAAUUAGAAGGCCUUCGCUGAAGCACAUAGAGGGUAGGCCUACUCACAGGCUUACUUGGGUAAAUACUGAUGCUUGCCACUAGAGGUCAGCGUUGUGAAAUAUUCAGAUGUAAAGCAUCUGGCGCCUGUUUGGCUUGAUAAGAUGUAAGCUAUUUAUCGGCAAAUGCUUUGGGGUCACACAUCGACAGACAGCAUCUACAGUUGAGUCAUUGGUGUUAUUGUGAUCCUUCAUUACAUGUGGGGUCGUAAAAAUUGACAUGAUUUUCUGUCAAGUAAAGGUGUUAUUACAUGAAGUUAGACCAAUAAACAUUUACACUUCAA